AUGAAUUAUCCAAAAGCUUUAAAAAUUCUUGUUGUAGGAGGAGAUAAAACGUUUAAGUCUACAUUAUGUAAAGUACUUGUUGGUAAUACAUUUUCAUCAAGUUAUAUUCAUACAGUUGGUAUUAAUAUUUAUCGAUCUAGUGUUAAUGACCGAUCAGUGAUAUAUUGGGAUAUUCCAUUUUCAGAAUAUAAAUUAGGAAGGAAUCUUGCAUUAAUAAAAGAACAUGUUGAUGGAAUAAUUUUAAUGACAAAUAAAGACAUAGAAAGUAGUUUUGAUGCUGCACGUGAUUGGAUGACAUUAUUUGCGAAGAUUGCAACUCAUAUUUUGAUUGUGAAAGAUUAUAAAGAAGAUUUAGAUUUAUCAAUGAGAUAUGAAGAACUUAAAAAAAUUCAUCAAAACAUUAAUAACGUUUAUUUUAAGCCAAUGCUUGUUCAUAAAAAGAAAGGGGUUUUUGAAGCAGUUAAUGACUUUAUAGAAAAGAUACUUCAUCAAUUUAAAGAUACUGAAAUUUGUCUAACUGAAGAAAGUGAUACCUCUUCUUCUUCUCCUACUCCUUCAGUCAAAUAUACUCCAUCACCUAAAUUCUUUACUUUUUCACCUUCAUCAUUAACAAGUAAUUCAAAUGGAAAAAUAAUUACAAAAAAUUUUAUUACUCAAACAAAGAAAGAAGUAAUAACAUUAUAUGAUGAUAUUAAUGAAUAUAUUAAUCAAUUAGAAAGUUCCUCUUUUGAUAAUUCUGUUGAUGAUUUCUAUAAGAAAAGAGAAUUAAAUAGGUUCCAUAGCCAUGUUGAUAUUGAGAAGAAAGAACUGCUAAAAGAAUUAGAAAGUUAUGAAGUUCUUCUUGAAAAGAAUAAAAAUGGAGUAAAUGUAACUUGUGAUGAUGUUCAAAAAUUACUUAUUAUCCGUGAACAUUGUUGGCAAAAAAAUUUUGAAUUUAUUGGAUAUAAUUAUAUCGUAAAGAAACCAAAGAAUUAA